AGAUGUCUGAGAAUUAAUUGGAUAGUCAAUAUAAAUUAUAGGAGUAGGAAACAUAAUCUGGGAAUAAUAUUGAAUUGAGUAGUCCUUAAGGUAGCAGCAAGAAGAAGGGAAGAGCACGAACAGCAUCAGAAAGGACAUUCAGUGCUGCAGAAACCUUGUAUGGGCGACCAAGAAAUGCAGGAUCUAUGAUACUCUUGAGGACAGCUGAUCAAUUUAAUAAAAAGGUUAUUCAUGAUGUGAUUAAUCAUUCUCCAUCUAAAUAACAAUAUUCAUUUGCUAAAGCCACUAGAUUCUCGAAACCUCGUUCCAGUUAUUGUCAACAAUAAUUUUAUGAUUCUUAGUAUUUCAAUCUUUGUCAUAUAUUAGGAUUCGAACAUCUCUUGGUCAAAGAACUUGCAGUUUCGGAUUUGGUAUAAAGUUCGAUUUUGCCAAAUUAACAGAUAAGUAUAUUCCUCCUCCAACAGCUUAUACAAUAAAAUCUAAACCUAAGCCAGUAACGAAAUUUGGGUAUGGCAGAGAAGAAACAAAAGCUGUUGGGAUAUAUGGAAAUCCAAAUAAGAAUCCUGCACCUAAUACCUAUACUCUGAAAGAUACUUUUUCCAAUCUUAAAUUUUCAUUUGGAGAAAGAACUAAAGCUAAACGUAUGAUAUUAUUCUAAUUUAGACAUAUAUUUGGAAUCUACAACUCCAUCUCCCUGUGCCUAUAACGUUGGCGGUAUUAGCAAAACAGGAAAUUAUUUCAAUUCCAAAUACUCAAGCAAUCGAGCUCCAUUAUUCUCUCCAUCCUCUAAUAAAUCUGUCAGAAUCAUCAAAACUCCUGGACCUGGAACCUAUGAUCCACCAGGUAAUAUUGCAGAUCUCAGAUUGAAAAGCAGUUCAGGAUUCAGUUUUGGUGCAUCAGAAAGAAAAACUAUUUAAAUUCGAAACAAAGUUUGUAAUUGAAUUCAAUUUUCAUAAUUUAGUUCCUGGACCUGGGACUUAUUAAUUACCAUCAGAAUUUGGUGAUGUUGAAUAUCCAGAUUGAUAAUCAUUAUUAAAAAUUAAUAAUUAUAAAAUCAUUUUCGCAUAUGUUAACAUUAACUCAAAUGGAUGAAAUAAUCAAAUUAACAGAAUAACAUAUGAUUGAUUGCUAAGCCAAUCAAGAUUUCAAAGAAGCAAAAGAAGUGAAAUCUAAAAUAUUGCAAAUGAAAACCAUUCGAGAUCUAAUUGAAAGAGAGGAAAUUCAGGAAAAAUUUAUCAUUGGAGAAGAAAGAAUUAUUACCUAAACCAAAUAACAGAUUGAUGAAGUCAACUAAUACUUUACUUAAUUAUUUGAAAAAUUUAAUUUUUAGAAAAGUUAAGCACUUUAAUAGAUAUGGCAUCAAUAAAAAAUAUAAUUACAAAAAUCUGUUUUUUAUAAAAGAUAAAAAAAUGCAGAGUACUAGAACCUAUAAAAAAUUAUGACUUAUUUGUCAAAUCAAAAGGAUUUCAAAAAGGCAGAGUUAUAUCAAGUCUAUCUAAAAGAAGCAAGUUAAGAUCAUAUGAGAAGAACUCAAUCCGAAUAAAGAUAAACUUAAGAAACCCAAUAGAGAGUACUUAAAUAGAAACAUGCACAUUAAGAAGAAGUGCUACUUAAUAAAUUUAAUGAUCAAGAAUAAUUAAUUCAGCUAGAAAUGAAUAAAAAACUUGAGGAAAUUGAGUAAAAAAAAAUCAACCAAAUAUCUUAAUUAUAAUUAGAGAGGAAUCAAAAAAUUGCUCAACUUGAAAGAUGUAGAACUAAGGUUAUAAAAGUACAAGUCUAAUAAUAAUUAGAGGAGAUGGAAAAAUGUGCCUUUAUCUUGAAAUGA